CUUCCCCUUCUUCCAGGCGCGCUGGCGGAUGCUGGAGGCGACGCAGAAGGACCUGUCGGGGCGCCUGGAGCAGUGCGUGGCCGUCGAAGGCUCCCUCAAGUCCCGCACGGUUGCCACGGUCGAGAAACUCCGCCGGGAUCCCAACUCCGCCAAGGCCACGAGGCUCAUGCAGGAGGACAUCCUGAAGAGGAAGAUUUCCAAGUGCAAGCGGCGGCUGUGCGACCUGCAGGAUGCCACCGAAAUGGCGAGGCAGGAACGCUUACGAGCCGAGGACGAGUGCCAGAGAAAGGAGCGAGUUUAUGCCCAGAACGUGCGUCUCCUUCAGGAAGCCGCGUCCCACCUGGAGGAAAAGCUCGUCAAGAAGCAGGAGGAACAACUUCGGCUGCAGGAGCACCGCGCCCGCCUCCGCCACCUGACCGCCCUCAGAGACGGCCGCUACAAAACCCUCACCGCCCACUCCGAGGAGGCCCAGCAAGCCCUCAAGAACAGACUGAUCGCCCGCGCCCACGCCUACACGGGCGUGGUGACUCAGCUCGAAGCAAGUUACCCGCAGAUGGAAGUGAAAUUGAGGAACCUGAAAGUUUUCCUGCAGAAUUUCUUAGAACCAAGUUAAUUGCAAGGAAAUGCACAAAAGCUCUGAUUAGCGGGCGCAAAACUGAUGUGACUCACGCUAAUGAUUGGCUAUGCAAUACUUUUGAGUAAUUUACUAAUCUCAAUUAGUUUCUAAUCAUAUGGUAAUAUUUUUUUCUUAGAUUCUUCGUGUAUUUAUGUACUAAUUCGUGAAAUUAAGAAAAGCACUGGAAAUGAGUAAUGUAACAAAAUGUAAAAAUGCUCAUUAUGUUUAACUACUGAAAUCGCUGAGAACAGAAAAAAGUUUUAAAGGUUUUGCAAUGAGUUUGUACUGCCGUUGUUACUCUUAUUUUUGUUAAUGCCAAGUUGUAUAGUAGUUAAGAUAAUGAUGCUUACCUGAGGAUUCUUUGGGGCCAAAUAAUCUGUGAACAUUUUUAUUUAUGAAGUAAACUGUAAGAGUAGAUUAAACAAAUAUAUAUAUAGAUAUUA